CCACUCCACCGCAAGACGAGGGAGGGGACAGGCCGUACGGGGAGAGAGAGAGAGAGAGAGAGAACGGCAGAGGCGAGGAGGGAGAGAGGGAAGGGGAAAGGGAAGGAGAGUCCGCGGCCACGCCAAAUAAAGCAAUGGGGGCCUGUGCCGGAACAGCCCCCUGAACACUAUAAAUACGCUGUGCUCCUGGAGGUUCGGGUUCGGCGGCUGGGGCUCUGUGAAGACGACAGCAGCAGCCUGCUGCCUAAGAACAGCCUCCUCCCUGGUCCUACAACACUCAGCCCCCGUAGCUGCAACCUCAGGAGCCAUGCCUCGCGUGGACGCAGACCUCAAGCUGGACUUCAAGGACGUACUGUUCAGACCUAAGAGGAGCAGUCUGAGGAGCCGGUCUGAGGUGGACCUGGCAAGGACGUUCACAUUCCGCAACUCCAAGCAGACCUACCAUGGCAUCCCCAUCAUCGCCGCCAACAUGGACACCACCGGCACCUUCGAAAUGGCCCGGGUCCUUAGCAAGCACACUCUCUUCACAGCUAUGCAGAAGCACUACUCACUGGAUGACUGGAAGACCUUUGCAGCCAACCACCCAGAAUGCUUAGAGCACAUUGCGGCCAGCUCUGGCAGUGGUAAGGCUGAUCUAGAGAGACUGACGGAGAUUCUGGAAGCCAUUCCUGCCAUCAAAUACAUAUGUCUGGACGUGGCCAAUGGUUAUUCGGAGCAUUUUGUGGAGUUCGUCAAAACAGUCAGACAAAAGUUCCCAAACCACACCAUCAUGGCUGGCAACGUGGUGACAGGGGAGAUGGUGGAAGAGCUUAUUCUUGGUGGUGCUGACAUCAUCAAAGUUGGCAUCGGGCCAGGGUCAGUGUGCACCACCCGAAUCAAGACCGGGGUGGGUUACCCUCAGCUGAGCGCUGUCAUCGAGUGUGCAGACUCCGCCCAUGGCCUGAAAGGACACAUUAUCUCAGAUGGUGGCUGCAGCUGCCCAGGGGACGUGGCUAAAGCCUUUGGCGCAGGGGCGGACUUCGUCAUGAUGGGCGGCAUGCUUGCCGGACACGACCAGUGCCUGGGUGAGGUGGUUGAGAAGGACGGCAAGAAGGUGAAGCUGUUCUACGGGAUGAGCUCCGACACCGCCAUGAAGAAAUACGUAGGGGGUGUGGCUGAGUACAGGGCGUCAGAAGGUCGGACGGUGGAGGUCCCCUACCGUGGAGAUGUGGAGGACACCAUCAGGGAUAUCUUAGGGGGUCUCCGCUCCACAUGUACCUAUGUAGGGGCCGCCAAACUCAAGGAGCUCAGUCGCAGAACAACCUUUAUCAGAGUCACACAGCAGGCAAGCACCAUGUUCCACUAGUCUGACACACACACACACACACACACACUCACAAUAUAUUAUACACACAUUUGCACACGCACAUUAAAAAUAUGUGUGCGCACAAAUUCCAGUUAGUUUAGAAAGUAAAACAAAUUAAAAAGUCUUCCUCACUGGAAAGCACUGAAUUUCCCAGUCGUUGGACUUAAUUCCUCAAUGGAGUUAACCCCAGCCCUGCCUACCAACAUCAUGAAAAAGAAAAAUCUCAGGACCUCUGUUGUAACAUGCUCUGCACAUUUGGUUCUUGUGUAAUAUUCUGAGUAUUACAAUCAGAACAUGAUUUAAAACAUUCAGUCUUCUCUGCAGAAAUGAAAUAUGCAAGAGCAAGUUAGGGUUGCUUAGUGAAACCUUGCAGGUCUCUCCAUAACCAGAGGAUAUUACUUAGAUGCAGUAAUUGCAUGUCAGCUUUGGAUGUUAUAGCCGCUGAAUCUCUCUCUAGACUGAUUCACUUUAUGAAGCCAUUGCAUAAUAGGAUGUGUUGUACCUUAUUGUAGCUCAAUGUAAAUGACUACAAAUGAUCAGGCUUCAGUGCAGUGAGAGGGUUAAAAGAGUUUGCAGUGAGAGGGUUAAAAGAGUUUCUAUCUGCUAUCUGGUAGUGUCUGCUCCUUUCUGCUUUGUGUCUCUGUAAAAGUGCUCUGGGUGUGGCGGUAAGGGAAGCGCCAUCAGGGCAGUGGAAUGUCAGGACAGCUGGGUCAACUAAGUGCAGAGCCUUUGACUCACUGUAACGUGGGGUAACAUCAUUAUUUUAAUGUAAUGUUGGAUUAACUCACCACAGCUCUAUUACUGUAGUGUUGGGUUAACUCACUACAGCUCUAUAUUAUUGUAAUGUUGGGUUAACUCACCACAGCUCUAUUACUGUAGUGUUGGGUUAACUCACUACAGCUCUGUAUUACUGUAAUGUUGGGUUAACUCACUACAGCUCUGUAUUACUGUAGUGUUGUGUUAACUCACUACAGCUCUGUAUUACUGUAGUGUUGGGUUAACUCACUACAGUUGUGUAUUACUCUAAUGUUGGUUUAACUCACUACAGCUCUGUAUUACUGUAAUCUUGGGUUAACUCACUACAGCUCUGUAUUACUGUAAUGUUGGGUUACCUCACUACACCUCUGUAUUACUGUAAUAGUGGGUUAACUCACUACAGCUAUAUUACUGUUGUGUUGGGUUAACUCACUACAGCUCUGUUUUAUUUUAGUGUUGGGUUAACUAACUUCAUCUCUGUAUAACUGUAGUGUUGGGUUAACUCAAUGCAGUUCUGUAUUACUGUAAUGUUGUGUUACAUCACUACAGCUCUGUAUUACUGUAAUGUUGAUUUAACUCACUACAGCUCUAUUUUACUGUAAUGUUUGGUUAACUCACUACAGCUCUGCAUUACUGUAAUGUUGGGUUAACAAAGUACAGCUCUGUAUUACUGUAAUGUUGGGUUAACUCACUACAGCUCUGUAUUACUGUAAUGUUGGGUUAACUCACUACAGCUCUGUAUUACUGUAAUGUUGGGUUAACUCACUACAGCUCUGUAUUACUGUACUGGAACUUUCAGGGAUUAAACCCCACUGUAAAACAGCAAACAUACUGUUGCCUUUCAGCUGUAAUAACAAUGGAAUGCCCAUUAUUUAGGCCGAUGCCUGUGUUACAGCAACAUGCAAGAGAGUAAUAAAAGGCAGGUUA